UCUCCGUUCUCCCGUACCCGUGAGUCAGGACUCCCGAGUCUAUUCUCCCGAGAACGCAAGUCCGUCUCUAGGUAUUGAGAAAGGGCCUCGGUCAUAAUCGUCAAUUCUCGUGAACGGCCGAAUGAUACGUCACUAUUUAACUAUUGCUGCCGCAAGGAAUUGUGGGACGUAUUGAUCUUCGUUCCUUUCGCAAAGGAUGCUACAGUGGUCCCUAUGCUAAAGCAGCAAAGUCGGGAAGCAUUGAAGCUCCUUUCCUUAGCAUUAACGUUAGAUCAUUUGAACAGUUCUUAUCGUGGCGGCCACUUACACGCCUUCUGGGUCAAUUCACUCCGCUAGGAACCAUCUUAAGCAAAUUUAACUAUUCGAAUCCAGCCAAAAACGCGUCGAAAGUGUCCAUUUAAUUUAAUGUCACUUGUCAUAAACGGAGUACGAGUUGCCUUGGACCCUCGCAGCUACAGCUGGGAAAUGUAACGUUACCGUAUACAAUCGAGCUACUCGCAGGAAGAGCGUCUCUUUAGGUAACCGCCUUGAGUCACUAUUAUAUCCCCGGCCACAAGUGUGUUAAUGAAUCGUGAUGGAGUGGUCUCAGAGGGACAGGCUGUCAGAGCUGGUGGAGCAGCUUACCACAUCUGGAGAACCACAGCUCGACCAGGAGAGCAUGAAGGAAAUCAAGAAUAUCUGCAAAGUGUCUAAUGACCGCAUAGACCACGUGUACCACUCUGUGAUCUCUCAGCUUAACCAACAACAUGCUGAGGUCCGACUGUCUGCCUUCCAGAUUGUCAGUGAGCUCUUCUCAAGAUCACAUCACUUCAGAACACUGCUGGUGGACAACUUUCAGGAAUUCUUGGAGUUGACGGUAGAGACUGACACAGAGCAGCCCCUCCCCCCUCCUAAGGAAGUAGCCAGAAAACUCCGGUCGCUGGCCAUUCAGACUGUCCAAUCAUGGCAUGCCUCUUAUGGGGCAGCUUAUAAAAAGUUAGCAUUGGGCUACCACUUUCUUAAACAAGUUAAGAAGGUGGACUUUCAGGGUGCUGAGUCCAGGACAGUGGCAGAGAGGAGGAGGGAGGAGGAAAGACAGAGGAAAAUGGAGCGAAUCUACAAGGAGAGAGUGGAGGCAGCGUCCAAAGACAUGGAGGAGUCGUACCAGGAAAUUCAGGCAUCAAUGACAGAGAUGGAAUCCUGCAUGAGCCUCCUUUUCCCCAAAUUUGACCUUAUAGAUAUCCAGAAAACCAAUAGCAGCCCACCCAGCUCCCAACCAGCCAGUGAAUGUCCAUCAGUUGAAGAACAGCCCUGCUGCAGCAAAGACCUGGAGGAUUAUCGGAGAGCAGGAAUGAUGCAAAAAAAGGAGGAAGGCAGAGAAGGAAUGAAAGGCAAUUGGGAGGGGAAGAAUGAAGAAGAAGCAGCGAGUAGUGAAGAAGAAGAAGAAGAUGGCGAGUCUCUUGACAAAGACUUGUUUAUUCGGAACUCUGGGAUCAUCUCUCACGCCUACAAUCUGGAUCUGAACUUUAGUCCUGGUCUUCAUGUGAAGGAGACGGAGGAUAAUGAGGCAGUGGUUUCCACGGUGAAAGACCUCCAUAAACUAAUAACAAACAAGUAUCUAGCAGCUGUGCAGGGCUGGGUUCAGGUCUUCACCAAGUCAGGUGCUGAGCAGCAGUUGUUAAGGAGAGCGCUGGAUCUGAAAAGAUCCUUGGAAGCGACCCUGCAGAAACACCAAGAGCUUCACAUUGAUUAUCAGACCAGAGUCCGCCAAGUGAUGAAGGCUGCUUCAGACGGAGAGGAAGAGAGUGAUGAUGAUGAUUUUGAUGAGGUUCCAGAAAAAGAGGGAUAUGAGCCGCACAUUCCAGAGCAUCUACGAGCUGAGUAUGGAUUGGAUUCAGCUCCUUCCAACUCAACACCACCAGUCCCAAAAAGAGCUCCACUGCCUCGCUCCUCCUUCUUUUUCGCUUCGUCUUCCCAGCAGCUGAAGCGCCUUACAGAGGAGUAUCAGGAUCCAACAUGUGCAGCGACCACAAUACGCCACUUCAAACAGAACCGUCCCCUGCCUGCACAGCCCAGCUGCUCCUCCGGUCCCAGUUCAUCUCAGUCCAGCUCAGAUCAGAAGGUUGUUGAUGCUCCUGUGGUUCCAUUUGGUUUGGACCUGUACUACUGGGGCCAGGAACAGCCCAACGCUGGCAAGAUCAUCAAGAUGUCCUCACAGCAUCAGUUCUGGGUUCCCAUUGAUGUGGAUGAGGAGGUGGAAAACAAGGAGCUCCUGGCAGAGAGCAGGAGUAGAUUUAUCUCCUUCCCUGGGAGCUUCAUUCCUGUCAAGCAUUAUUGCAGUGCGCCACUGGACAAUGGAAAGCUCUGUGAGAGACAGGACCGCCUCAAGUGUCCAUUCCAUGGUCUGAUUAUUCCCCGAGACCAGGAGGGGCGACCCUGCAGGGAGGAGGACCGACUGAGGGAGGAGCGGGAGAAGAGGAGGAAGCAGGAGGAGCAGCCUGACUGGCAGGAUGUGGGGCUGAUGCGGGACAUUGAGGCUACAACUGGGGAAAACCUGGGAUCCGACAGGGUUGGUAAAAAGAGAAAAGGGAGGAAGAAGAAGUAUCCUAACCUCAGCGACCUGAAGCACAGCGCCAACACAGCCCGCUCCAGGCUGGAGAAAAAAGUCCUCAAUAAGAGCAGCAUACGCAGAAUAGCUGAAGUGAUGGCUAAAUCUGACCAGAGAAAACAUGACAAGUUCUCCAACCAAUUUAACUACGCCCUCCAGUGACCUUCAUCCAGCUGCUGAACAUUGCUGUUUUUUCAACUUUUGAAUUUGAAUGGAACAAUUUUUUAUAUAUAUGUAAUUUCAGCCAGACAUCAAGAACAAAUUAACAUUUUAUAUUCCUGACUGAGUGUGUGCUUCCUCUAUUGACCAUGUGACAAUUCACCUUAGCAAAGAAACCUAAAGGAGAAAUGUACACACGCUAAAUCUGAGGGAAUGAGCGGAUCUCAUACCUGGUGUGGAUAGGCACUGCUGUUUCAAAGCUAAAAAAAAUACACAGAAAGGCACUUCUUUUUCUCACUAUAAUGUCAAUACAAAUAAUAUGUAAAAGAUGAUAAAAGUGAGGAAAAUAAUAAUGAUAAAAAGGUUGGACGUCAGGGAAGCGGAUAGUUGAUUAUGGUUGAUUAAAUCUCAAAAUGCCAAAUGCCAUCUCACAGCGAGAAGUUGAGGCCAACAUCAAAAAGAUAAAACCAUCCACCAGUGCCCUGGACCCCUUCCCCACAGCCCUGGUAAAAUCCAACCUCCAUGCCAUAAGUCCACUCAUCACAAAGGUUAUUAACCACUCCCUCCGGGCUGGCCAUGUUCCAUCAACACUGAAAACCGCUGUCAUCAGGCCAUUUCUCAAAAAUCCCACCCAAGACCCAGAAGUCUUUGCCAACUACAGGCCCAUCUCCAACCUUCCAUUCCUUUCCAAGGUGCUGGAAAAAGUAGUUGCCGCACAGCUUCAGGACCAUCUAAAACAAAACAACCUGUUUGAGAAAUUUCAAUCUGGUUUCUGCCCUGGCCACAGCACAGAAACAGCCCUGGUCAGGGUCACAAAUGACCUACUGAUGACUGCAGACGCUGGCUCCCCAUCUCUUCUCAUCCUCCUGGACUUGACUGCAGCAUUCAAUACUCUGGACCACAACAUCCUCCUCCACCGUCUACAUUCCACUAUCGGUUUUUCUGACUUCGUCCAUGAGUGGUUCUCAUCCUACCUCACCGGGAGAACUGAGCAUGUCGCCUUGGGAGAGGCUAAAUCCCUUACACACAAUGUCACCUGUGGUGUCCCUCAAGGCUCAGUGCUCGGUCCCACCCUGUUCAUUAUCUACAUGCUCCCCCUUGGCCAUGUCAUCAGCCGGCAUGGAAUUUCAUUCCACUGCUAUGCUGAUGACACUCAACUCUACCUCAGGACAAACCCAACCCCCUCUGCUGCCCUGCCAUCAUCCACUCUGACCACCUGCCUGGAGGAGAUAAAGGCGUGGAUGAAGCAAAACUUUCUUUAGCUAAACAGCUCCAAGACUGAAGCCAUCUUAGUCGGCACUCCACACCAGGUUCGGUCAUCUGACAUUACCAGCAUCACCUUCUCCGGCCAAAAUAUUCCACUUUCAACAUCAGCCACCAACCUAGGUGUUAAAAUGGACUCCCAUCUGACCUUUGAGGCUCACAUCAAACAUCUCUGCAAGAUCUUCUUCCACCUCAGGAACAUCGCCAAACUCCGUCCCACACUCACUUCUGCAGAUGCGGAAAAGCUUGUCCACGCUUUUGUCUCCUCCAGGCUGGACUAUUGCAAUGCGCUCCUCACCGGGAUCCCUGAGAAAAGCCUUCAGAAAUUGCAGUACAUCCAGAACAGCGCCGCUAGGAUCCUGUUGAGGGUGCGCAAACAUGACCACAUCAUCCCCAUCCUAAAAUCACUCCACUGGCUUCCUGUCUCACUCGGGGUUGAGUAUGCCCCAUAUCCAUGGUGAAGCCCCCCCCCUACCUCAAGGAACUCCUCACCCCACAGACCUCAACACGUACCCUCCGGUCUGCCUCAGCAUAUCUUUUGAAACCUCCCAGGACAAAGCUCCGUACAAUGGGAGAUCGAGCUUUCUGCUCAGCUGCUCCCAGUCUGUGGAAUGCUCUCCCUGAUCACCUGAGGAGACCACAGACUGUGGAUGCUUUUAGACGUGGCCUAAAAACCCACCUUUUUAGGAGAGACAUUACUCGUCUAACUCGUCCCCUUUUUCUUUUUUUUCAAACUCUCCAUGUGUUUUUAUUGUUAGCACUUACCUGUUUUAUCAUGUAACACUUUUGGAUUUGCUUAAAUAUAAAGUGCAUUACAAAUUAAAUGUAUUAUUAUUAAACGA